AUGGAUCUAAGCAAGGCUUAUGAUUCCAUUGAUUGGUAUUUCUUGGAGGAUCUAUUGAAGGCUUACUAUUUCCUUAGUCGAUUUAUCCAAUGGAUCAUGGCUGCUCAACACAAGGACUUCAGAUUUCACCCGCUCUGUAAAAAGCUGAAUCUUGUCAACCUUUGCUUUGCGGAUGAUCUCAUUCUUUUUUGCAAGGGUUCCUUUAGGUCAGUUCAAAUUCUUCACGCUAGUUUUAGAAAAUUCAGUCAGGAUUCUGGUCUCACUGUGAACUUAUCUAAGUCUCACAUCUAUUUUGGUGGUUUUCAUUCGGAUGAAAAGAGGAGAAUCAUGGAGUGCUUAAAGAUUGAGGAGGAUUCUUUCCCUCUAAAAUAUCUGGGUAUGUUUCUUAGACCUACUAAAUGGAAGGUUGAGGAUUGUGGUUUAAUUCUUAAAAAAAUUCAAAGCCGAUUACAUACAUGGUCUAGUAGGAACCUUUCUUUUGCUGGAAGAUCUCAGCUUAUUCAAUCAGUUUUGCUAGGUAUUAGGGCUUAUUGGAUGAGUAUUUUUUUGCUUCCUCCUAGAAUUAUUCAGGAGAUUGAUAUAUUAUGCAGGAACUUCCUUUGGGGAGCAAAGGGCAACCGGAGUAAGUUUGAACUAAGCAGGACUCUUUAUGGGUCAACUAGGUGGCAGCCAUCUAUCCCAGAGGAAAAUUUCUGGGCUUACAACCUUAAAUCUGAUGUGAGCUGGUAUUGGAGGAAGAUUAUUAAGCUGAGAGAUGCUUUCUCUUAUGAUUCUUUGUUGGCUUCGGUUAACAAAGGAAAAUUUAAUCCUUCUUGCUUAUAUAAUCAGUUGGUUCAAAAGGAUAAGGUUCAUUAUGCUAAAUUGGUUGAGUCUAGUUUAUGCCCUGUUUGUGAUAUGGAAGUUGAGUCUCAUGCCCAUCUUUUCUUUGAUUGUGCCUUCUCCCAGCAGGUGCUGCAUCAGAUUCAUUCAUGGCUAGGUCAAGCAAUUUGGCCUUCUCAGUAUUUAGGCUGGCUAAGUUGGAUGGAAGGGAGACCUAGGGGGCUUCACCAAAGGAUUAUUGCUGCUGUCCUAGCAACUGCUGUUUAUUAUAUUUGGAUUAACAGAAAUUGUUGUGUUUUUUCUUCUUAUUCUUUUUCUGUUUUGAAAGUGGACUCUCUGAUUCUUAUGGGUCUUAAAGCCAGGUUGUUUGGUUUAGUUAGAUCAAAGUUGAAAGCUGAUGAAUUGAGAUUGGCUGAUUAUAUUCAACAUUUGUAA